UUAAAACAGUCGCGAGCGGAACCGAGCCGAGCACACGAACGCCACACAGAUAGCAUAGCAUAGCAUAGGGUAGCGUAGCUUAGCAUAACAUAGCAUAGCAUAGCAUUAGCGGCAAAUAGCCGAGGGUGUAUGUAACUAGACACUAACCCAAUAACCUAGCACCAAUAUUGUGUGUAGUCGGAGUUUUUUAAAAUUCUUAAUUUAUUUAUUAUUAUUGUUUUUUAUUUUUUAAAUUAUAGCUUCGCAGUGCACUCCACCUUUGACGUGAGGCGUUCACGGACUUGGUUCGCACGAGACUUCAGCUGCGGCCAGACAAACGCAGCGAAUGCAACUGCGGCGCCGUCUGUAGAAGGGGAGAGCGGCAGAGGCGGACCACGGGGAGCGACGCCUUGGAUUGGGCGCCAUGUCCCUCGGCGCCUUCCGCCUCAUGCAGACGCUGAAGAACUCGCCCGCCGCGCUGCGCCGUCGCUUCCGCCGCGACCGCACCGAGUCGCUGUCCCACGGCGACCCGCUCUUUAAGGUCCACUACCUCGGCACCGAGAAGAUCUUCUCCCUGGACCGGGAGCAGGCGCGGGACGCCAUCGGCCGGCUGCUGGCGGGCGUGGCCGGCGGCAAGAAGCUGAGCGAGGACCACGCCUUGGUGGUGCGACCCCGCUACGUGGAGGUCAAGGAGCUGAGCACGGGCCGGCAGCUCGCCAAGACGUACCUGCGGGACAUCGCGUACUGCGCCGCCGACGCCGACCGCCCCAACGUCUUCCUGUACAUCUGCAAGCACCACGGGCAGCAGCUGCAGUGCCGCGUGUUCUGGUGCGACCGGGCCGAGCGGGCGCGAGACAUGACCGGCUGCCUGGCGCUCUCCUUCCAGCGGGCGCUGAGCGACUGGCAGCGGGACGGCUCGGCCACGCCGCCGCCGUCGCCGAGCGCCGAGGAGUCCGCCGGCUCCGCUGCCGCCAAGAGCUCCACGCUUCCUGCCAGCCUGGGGAAAGUUCACUGGAGGAAGAGGGGCUCCGUGUCCCGAAGCCCACUUCGAGCCAUCACCAGACGAGGGUCCGCCUCUGACAACUGGAGCUGAGCCGCCCCCUCCCCCCCUCCUCACUGUAUGCAUCGGUGGGUCAUGUGGCGUUUUUACAGCUUUAAUAUUCCGAACACUUGCGGCUUUGUCGACGCCGGGACACUGGGCGACGCCGCCACGUCCUCUCUCCCCGUCCAGCAGUGUGCAGCGACGCCACAGUGUGCUUUUCCCCUCCUCCACGUGAGCAGCAUUUGCAUCAUUUACCUUUCCAUGACAACAUAAUGCUGAAGGUUCCACUCGUUUUUUUUUCACCGAUGUCACUAAAGGAAUUUUUGCUUUUCAAUGUGAUGUCUUUACAAAGAGCACACUCAAGUGCCUGCUUCAAGGUGUAUUUUUUUAAGUGUAAUAUGUACAUUUCAUGAAAUAUGUAUUUUCUGGAGUAUUAAAAUGUUUUUAUAUA